CAGUAAUGUUGUAAAGGCUGCGAGAGUGAGCUCUACCUUCCUCAUACGUUCUGUUAACGCCUGUUCGAGGACGCACACAGCACACACUUGGCCAUCAUGGAGGAAGCUGAUCUGCUGAGGGAAAGGCUCCAGGCCAUCACGGACAAAAGAAGAAUCCAGGAGAACAUCGCCAAGAAAAGGAGACAGAUCGAAGAGGAGAAAUUAAAACUCCAGUACAUGAAGAAGAAAGCCCUGAGGGAGCAGUGGCUGAUGGACGGUCUGAGUCAACAGUCCGAGGAGGAACAGGAGGCCAUGAGGCUUCAGGCUCAGGACGAACAGCAGCAGAGUGAUCAGCUGCAGAGCAACAUCCUCAGAAUAGAGGAGGAGAUCGAGGCCUUGGAAACCCAGGAGCUCAACAUCUCUGCCAAUGAAGAAGUUGUUCUGAAACGUUUAAAAGAGGUGGAGAGGACGGCUGAGGACAUUAUCAAGGAGCUAAAUGCAGACUUCCAGGCAGAUGUGAUACAUCAUGCACCCCCUCCACUCCCAGUUAUCCCAAUAUUCAUCCCAGUGACACCAACAAAAAACCUUCCUGUGCAUCAGCCUGUUAGUGAGGAACCAAAGAAAGCUACAUUUGCAAUGGAGAUCAGUGUGGAGCAUGAUAAGAGAACAGGCAAAAGUCAGGUGGUCUCUACAGCAACCAUCACUCCGGAAACCAUACAAGAGAGGGGGUUAAAGGUGUAUGAUGAUGGGCGCAAGUCUGUAUAUGCUCUGCACCAAGACAGAGGCAAAAUGCACAAUGGAGCAGUUGGAGUGAUGACGCUUACAGAGGUAGAAGAGCUGCUGCAUCAGGCCACAGAGAAGAAAGUGGCCACUGAGAUGCAGUAUCAUCAGCCUGUCUACUCUGUACCCUACACAGGGAGCAGCAGGCCUUCAACACCCAGGACACCGAGACAAACCCCAACACCCAGCCCCAGCCCCUUUCAGAGCCCAGUCUCAUCCAGAAAUGGACCUCAAAUACUCAGAGAGGAAAGCCAAGGCAGCCCAGACCUGGAGACAUGGAAAACCACAAGCAAAACACCCAGCCCUAGCCUCACCCAACAGGACUCCAUGUCAAGAGUCCAAAGACUAAGAGAAGACACCAAGUGGCCCUACCCCAACAUUCCAGGACAAUCAAAGGGUGACAGCAAUGAAAUUUUACAACCUCAAUUUGGUGCUAAAACUCUACGAGGACACACCAACAGAAAUAUGGAUGUGGGCAGUCCAAACCCAGCAGCUCUUGUCUCAGUCAAAGCCAGGUCUGAAGGAAUGCCAGCAACCGAACAGCCGUUCUACACGGGUAUAGAUGACUGCAGCCCUUCACUAGCCAGCAAUAAGCUCGGGGUUGAUCCUGAUGCUUUGACAGAGAGCUCAAGUGAUGUUAACAGACAUUCACCCUUCUCUGCAGAGAAUAUUGCCUCUCUGAAUCUCAUCAACACCCUGCCAGAGGAGCUAGCAUCAGGACCCGUCACCAUGAUCUUCAUGGGCUACGAAAAUGCUGAGGACGAGGAUGAAAAAGACAUCCAGGCUGAACUGGUGAUCAUCAGCGCUGAUGAUGAUGAGGACGAUGACGAGGCCUUUUAUGGUCAUAAUAAAAGUGGCAGGGAAGCGUGUCUCUCAUACCACCCAGAGGGACACAAGAGCAAGGUCUUCCAACCCAAAGUUGGUAUAGCUAAGGUUACAGGCUGCAGAGACGUUAUUGAAGGUACCUACACAAACUGGGAUAAUUUAGGGCUCCACAAGCCAACAUUCACCCACAAUCCUGAGAGGCCCAGUCCCUACCUGCAGGAACAGAGGGUGGAUAAGUCUGCAAACACAGGCAGCAUAAAUAUGGAGGAGAUGAAGCUCUGUUCAACAGGAAGAUAA